GGCGGACAUUUUUCACCAGCACCAAAAGAUUUCACUGUCGUCCACGCAUUUAAAUAAUCUACAGAUAAACCCGACAAAGAGCACUCCCAUUUUAAGCACGUCGACCGGGAAUAUUCGGUUGCAAUGCCAGAUCUCCAACCACUCACAUCGCUAAGCCCGCCGUGCACAUCACGCACGUGGCUCACUACUCCUCAUCCACACCUACCGAUCGUCGCGACUGCAUGCUCUGACAAGACAGUGCGAAUCUACUCACUACAGAACUUCCAACAAUUGAAUACCGUAUCCGGUGCACACAAACGUUCAGUAAGGACAUGCGCAUGGAAGCCGAAUAGCCUAGGCGAGAGUGUAUUGGUUACCGGCAGCUUCGAUGCCAGCGCCGCGAUAUGGAAGAGAUGGGAGGAGAACGCUGGCGGAGGACUGAAAGGUGAUGCACAAGAGAUUGAUUUCACAGGUGGAUUGGCUGGUGGAGACCCUGAUGCUGCCGACGAGGAUGACGAAUGGCGUCUCGAAGUCAUUCUGGACGGGCACGACUCCGAGAUCAAGAGCGUGACUUUCUGUCCGACUGCACCUCUUCUCGCCACGUGUAGUCGCGACAAAAGUAUAUGGAUCUGGGAGGAGUUGGAGGGCGACAAUUUCGAGACUAUGGCAGUACUGCAGGAGCACGAAGGCGAUGUGAAAUGUGUUGCGUGGCACCCAACAGAACAAUUGUUGGCCAGCGGAAGCUACGAUGACAACGUAAGAUUAUGGAGGGAAGACGUCGACGAUUGGGCCUGUUGUACGCUAUUGAAUGGGCACAAGGGGACAGUGUGGUGGGUCGAAUUUGAGGGUGCCGAGAGGAAUGGCCUGAGCACAUCAGAAGGCUCAGUCUCCGACGAGCAGAAAGCGUUGUUAGAGCUAAGAGAAAAAGCCGGCCCUCGACUCAUCACAUGUUCAGAUGACCUGACUAUUCGAAUAUGGCGAAAAGUCCCAUCUGACAAACCUGCGCCUCCAACGGGCCAGGGCAAGAUGCCCACAAUUUGGAAGAACCGAGACUUCGAGGAGGAAUGGAUUGAGGAGAUGCGAUUGCCGCAAGUUCACGAGCGGCCAAUCUACUCUAUCAACUGGAGCAAGAAGACAGGCCGCGUGGUUAGUACAGGCAGUGACGGCAAGAUUGUGGUAUACGAGGAAAGGUGGAUCACAGCAUCCCAAGACGGCGACACAACGCUCCCGGACGCAUCCAUCUCCAAUGUUUUGUCGAAAUGGGUUGUCGUCGCAGAUAUUGAGAAUGCGCACGAUGUUUUCGAAAUCAACCACGUCACUUGGGCGCCACGCUCGGACAAAGCUCGCCGACAUGCUGACGAAGAGGUUAUUCUCAGCACAGGGGAUGACGGCGAGGUGAAGGUUUGGACGCUGGACAAAUGAUUACAAACAUGCUUUCGGCAACAGAAUUUGGCAAAAUCCAGCUUCACUCUUGCGGAAUAAGGUUCUCGAUUCGGCACUUCGCCUCAUGUCGCGAAAUACGUGCCCUCAAGCAGGCACGGCCUCGCCUCGUAUUGCCUACGACAAUCUGUUCGUCACUCGACAUGUAGUCAGGAGGCUGUGCGCGCAUGACAACUCCUA